AUGAAGGUCGCACUUCUCGCUGCUCUCGCCGCUGCGGCGUCAGCGACUGCUGAACUCCGAGGACGACAGGAUGGCCACAAUGACAAGCCAUGCAAGAACAGGCCCAUGGUCGGAUCGAGGAAACUCGAGGCAGAUAUCACUUCGAAGAAGCUCCUAAGAGGCGCUCAGCAGCUCCAGGACUUCGCCUACAACUAUCCUGCGCGCAACAGGAUCAUGGGCGGAUCUGCACACAAUGACACUGUCAUGUGGCUGAAGAAGGAGCUCGAGUCUACAUCGUACUACGAUGUUACUCUCCAGCCAUUCUCGAACUAUGUAAUGCUUAAUGGCACGAUCAACAAGUUCACUAUUGGCGGACAGGCUAUCAACUCGACACUAUUUGAAUACUCGAACUCCACUGCUGGCCUCGUCACUGCACCCCUGGUUGUAGUCAGCAACCUUGGCUGCGAGGCGAGUGAUUACCCCGCAAGCUUGUCUGGUAACAUCGCCCUCGUCUCCCGUGGCUCUUGCGACUUCGGACUCAAGUCUGCUCUUGCUGGCGGUGCUGGUGCGGUCGGUGCGGUUAUCUACAACAACGUCCCGGGCGCAGUCAGCGCUACUCUUGGCCCUCCACCUCGAGCUGAGGGACCUUACGUUGCUACUGUUGGUCUGUCCCAGGAGCAGGGUCUAGCUUACGUCGCCCAACUCCAGAGCGGUGCCAAUGUAACUGCAUCCCUGGACGUCAAGACCGUCAUCGAGAAGAUCACUACCAAUAACGUCCUGGCCACCAGCAAAUGUGGUGACAAGAACAACCAGUUGGCACUAGGAGCACACACUGAUUCCGUCGGCGCCGGUCCUGGAAUCAACGACGACGGCAGCGGCACUGUUGGCAUCUUGAACGUUGCAAAGUCUCUCGCCAAGUACAACGUCAAGAAUGCCGUCACCUUUGGCUUCUGGAGUGGAGAGGAGAGCGGCCUGCUCGGCUCAACUUAUUUUGUCGAGAACCUAUCUCCCGAAGAAUCUCUCAAGAUUCGCGCAUACCUCAACUUCGACAUGAUUGCUUCGCCCAACUACGUUCACCAGAUCUACGACGGAGAUGGCAGUGCUUACGGCCUCACUGGCCCGUCUGGAAGCGGCGAUAUCGAAGCUUUCUUCGAGCAAUACUUCACCCGCGUUGGUGUUCCGUACAAUGCCACCGAAUUCAACGGCCGUUCUGACUACGGCCCCUUCCUUGACGCCAACAUCCCCGCCGGAGGAUCGACCACCGGUGCCGACGAGGUCAAGACUGCAAAGGAAGCAGAGAUCUGGGGUGGUGUUGCCGGCGAGAUUCUCGACCAGAACUACCACCAGGCAGCUGACACGGUCGACAACCUCAACCAAGAGGCAUGGUUAUUGCACGCACGAGGUAUUGCCGCCGCUGUCGCCAAGUACGCAGUCAGCUGGGAGGGAUUCCCAACGCGUUCGCCCGUAGGUAACACUACUGCAAAGCGUAGCGUGAAGGAAGUCCAGCGAUCAGUCAGGGGAGGCAAGCGCUCGCUCCAGCUAUUCUAGGCAUCAAUACAUAGACGUAAUGAACUAAUUGUACUUUCACACCCC